AUGACAGGGCGGCAGGAGCUGGGCAGCGAGACGGAAGAGGAGGAAUUCGCUGCUGCUCCCGACAGCGACAGCGAGGAUGAGGAGCAGAGGGAGGAGGGCGGCAUGCAGCUGGGGAAUGUGGUCACCAACAGAGGGGGGCAGGGGCCAGGCUUCCUGCUCCAGGCCAACGGCAGCCAGCUGGUGCAGCCACCCAGCUUUGAGUUCUCCAGCAAGCGCAGGCAGAAGCUGGAUGGGCGGCCGCUGCUGCUGUUUGACAUCAACGGCGUGCUGAUGCAGCACACUUGGAACGGCGUCACCCACCAGCACGACCUGCGCCCCGGCGUGCACCACCUGCUGCGCCUACUGCCGUACUUCAGGCUGGGCAUUUACAGCAGCGCCACCCGCCCCACCAUCACCAGGGCUCUGGCCAAGCUCCACGGCAACCUGGCCAACUUCCUGGAGCAGCGGCGCCGGGCCGCGGCAGCGCCCAAGCAGCAGCAGCAGCAGGAUCAGGCGAUGCAGCAGCCGACGGGGAAGAAGAAGAAGCGCAAAGCGGCCGCCGCGGCGGCCGCGGCGGCGGCGGCGGCGCCGGGCGGCGACGGCUUCCCGCCGGCGCUGCCGCCGGUGCUGUUUGAGGUGGUGAUGGCGCGGGACCACUGCCAGCCAGCUUCCAAGGAGUCGAUUGAGGCGCGCGGGGGGCGGCCUUGGGACACCGUCAAGCCGCUGGCCAAAUACUUUGGCAGCCUGAGGCGGGUGGCGCUGGUGGAUGACUCAGCCCACAAGGCGGAUGAGGGGGAGGGCAGCAACAUGGUCAUCAUGCCCUGCUGGCACGGCGCCGGCCACCCGCUGGGGCGCGGCGACGCCGCGCUGCCGCUGCUCGUCGACCUGCUGCUGCAGCGGGUGGGGCCGGGGGCGGGCGCCGCGGGCACAGAUGCGCAGCAGGGCGGGGAAGAGGAGGAGGGCGGGGCCGCGGAGGCGGCGGCUGUGCCGGACCUGCGGCGCGUGACCGCCGCAAUCAGCGCGGCGCUGGCCACGGCAGCGGCCGAGCAGCUGGAGGCGGCGCAGGCGGGCGGCCUGCUCAGCGGAGAGCAGGCGAUGGCGGCGGCGGCGGCGCUGGAGGCGGCGGUGGCGGGCAGCGCGGCGGUGGCGGCGGCGGCGGCGGAGAUUGCAGAGGAGAGCGAGGAGGAGGAGGAGGAGCAGGAGGAUGAAGAGAUGGCCGUGAGCCCGGCAGCGCCGCCGCAGCGGGCCGUCCCGCAGCAGGCGGAGCAGGCGCAGCAGGCAGGGAAGAAGCGGCAGCGCGAGCAGCCUCCCGCGGCGGCGGUAGGAGCUCCUGCGGCUGCGGCCCCCGCUGCGGCGCAGGCGGCUGAGGAGGCGCCGCCGCCGACCAAGAAGCAGCGCCGGGAGCAGGAGCGGCAGCGCCAGCAGGCGGCGGUGGAGGCGGCGGCCGUCGCGGUGCUGGCGGCGGCGGCGGCGGCGCCCGGCCAGGCCGCCGACGGCACGAGCCUGGUAGAAGUGAACUGCUACCUUCUACACGCCUGGGGUCACCUGGCCGACCUGGUCCUCAACAAGACCGCCAAGGGCGCCCUGGCCGCCGCCUGCAAGCAAGGCCUGCUGCAGCCGGCCGACGGCGCCGCGGCGCCGGGGCGGCGGCAGGGGCGGCUGGCGCUGAGCUCGGCGGGCGCGGCGGCGGCGCCCGGCCGGCAGUACAUGGCCGACCUGGAUGCGUACUGCGCGCAGUUUGCCGGCCGCGGCGAGUUCCUGACCCGCCUGGCCGCCUGCCGCAAGCAGGCGCAGGCGCAGGCGCAGGGGCAGGCGCAGCAGGGGCAGGCGCAGGGCCAGCAGGCGCAGGGGCAGGAGGCGGCGGCGGAGGAGGAGGCUGGUGUGGGAGGCUUCUUCUGGGAGCAGCAGGCGGCGCAGGCGCAGUCCCAGCAGUCCCAGCAGGCCCAGCAGGCGCAGCAGGCGCAGCAGGCGCCAGCGCAGGCGGCGCCGCCGACGGGCCCUCCCGGCGCCGACCUGCACCUGAUCCAGCAGGCCGUGGUGCUGCAUGCGGUGGGGAGGCUGCAGGCGCGGCGGGGCGUGUCACUGGAGGCCGCCGAGCGGUGGGCCGGCAAGCAGCUGCGCGCCCUCCGCCCGACCCUCCACUUAUUUGUCGCCGCCCCCAAGUCGCAGAGGGCGGGCCAGCGGGUGCUGCGCGCGCUGCUGCAGGCGGGCAUGCAGCGCUGCGAGCAGGAGGGAUGGGCUGUUGUGGGGCGCAUCGAAGGCGCGGCCGACGUGCCGCCAGCCCUGCUGCUGUGCAGCCCCACGCCGGCGGCGCCCCAGCGCUCGCAGGCUGAGCUGGAGGCUGCGCUGCAGGUGCUGGCAGAUAGGCUGGAGCCCGCCUCGGCGGCGCAGCCUGCGGCCGCAGGCGCCGCCGCUGCCGCCGCCGCUGCGGCUGGGAGCGAGGAGGCUGCAGCUGCCGGCGAGGCCGCGGCACCAGCGGCGCCAGCGGCGCCAGAGGCGCCAGCGGCGGCGCUGGCGGCGGCCGUGGCGGCGGCAGACGAUGAUGCCGACGCCAUGGCUGCAGCAGCGGCGGCGGCGAGCGCACCGGCUGCCCCGCUGCUGCUGGAUGUGUUUGAGGAUCGGGCUCCGGCCCCGCCGCCCGCCGCGCCGGCAGCAGCCCCGGCGCAGCCGCCCGCGGCGGGGGCGCCGUCCGAGGAGCGGCGCGUGCUGGAGGCGGCAGCUGUUGACCUGGAGGAGUACCGGCGGCAGAUACUGCACCGCGGCGCCGCCGCCUCCGUGGCGGCCGACGUGGCGCUGGCGGGGGGCUGGCUGGGCCCCGCUGCGGGCGGCGACGAGGUGGAGGAGGGGGAGGUGGAGGAGGGGGAGGCAAGCGGGAGUGAUGAGGAGGACGAGGGGGAUGCUUCGGAGGCGGCGGCGGCGGCCGCGGCGGCCGCUGGUGGUCCAGCAGGCGACGGGCACGGGCCUGCGCUGCAGGCGGCUGUGGCCGCGCACGGCGGGCAUUACCUGCGCUCGUGCGACGGCGCGGCGGCGGCGGCAGCGCCAGGAGCAGCGCCGGCGGCGGCGCCUCACUGGUUCUGGGAGCAGCAGCAGGCGGAGGCGCAGGCGCAGCAGCAGCAGGCGUGGCAGCAGCAGCAGCAGGGGUGGCCGCCGCCGCCGCAGCAGUCGGGCGGCGACGGCGGCAACCCGCUGAUGCAGCAGCUGCUGCAGCGGGCGGUGCAGCCUCUGGUGGAGCAGGGGGCGGGCCUCCCGCAGCAGCACCAGGAGCAGUGGCAGCAGCAGCAGCAGUGGCAGCAGCAGCAGCAGAUGCAGCAGCAGCAGGAGCAGUGGCAGCAGCAGCAGCAGGAGCAGCAGCAGCAGCAGGGUAGCGCCCUGUCGCCAUUGCAUCACGAGGUGGCGGCGUUUGCGGCCCGCGCCACGCCCACCCCCACAGAGGUGGCAGCCGUGCAGCAGGCGGUGCUGGCGGUCAGCGAGGCGGCACGCAGCCUGUGGCCGCAGUCGCGCACCGCGCUGUUUGGAUCGCAGGCAAGCAGCGGGGGCCCGCGGCGCCUGCUUGCCUCUGCCACGGGGCUCGCGCUCCCCGGCUCCGACCUGGACAUUGUGGUGUUGGGGGUGGGGCCGCCGCUGGCGCGCGCGGGCACCGGCUUCGCGCCCGUGCAGCGCAAGCAGCUGGGGGAGCUGCUGGAGGAUUUGCUGGACACCCUGCUGCAGCGCCGCCUGCUGACCGGGAAGGCUCAGAUCAUCGAGGCUCGCGUGCCCAUCAUCAAGUGCCGGCUAGACGUGGGCGGUGGGCUGGCAGCUGACGUCAGCCUGGGCGCUGAGAACGGCGCCCAGGCCGUCGACUUUGUGCGGCGGCAGGUGCUGGUGGUGCCGCCGCUGCGCCCGCUCUGCCUCGCCGUCAAGGCCUUCCUCAGGCAGCGCGGCUCCAACGAGGUCUUCACCGGCGGCCUCUCCAGCUACUCCGUGUUCAACAUGGUCAUGGCGCACCUGCAGCUGGAGGGAUACCACCCAGACACCUCGCCCCCCGCCGCGGCCGCGCAGCAGCAGCACGCGCCGUCCAGCAGCGGCGCCAGCGGGGCCAGCGGGGCCCGCCCGCAGACCUGGGGGUACUCCUGCCACCGCUUCUCAUACACCAAGCAAGCGGUGAGCAUCCGCAUGGGCGGCGUGUGCCUCAAGGUCAAGGCCUGGCGCAAUGCGCGGCGGCCCUGGGCGCUGGCCGUGGAGGACCCUCAGGAGAUGGGGAAAGACAUCGGGAGCGGCUCCUCAGCCAUCCGAGAGAUCAAGGAGAGCUUCGCGGCGGCUGCCGAGCAGCUGGCGGAGGUGUGCGAGGACCUGGAUGCCAACGAGCGGGCGGUGGCCGCGGUACCAUCACCGUCGCCGGGCAGUACCACCGAUGCCGCCGCCGCGGCACCUGGCGAGCAGCAGCAGCAGCAGCAGCAGCAGGCGGUGGCGGCGCCGUCUCGCGUACCGGGGCGGGGCCUGCUGCUGUCUGGGGUGCUCGACGUGGAGGCGGCGGUGGGACGGGGCGCCGAGGCGGUGAAGGCGCGAGCGGCGGUGGAGGCGCGCGCCGCGGCCAAGAGCCAGCAGGUGCUGCACGAGCGCAUCCGCAGCGGCGUGGCGGUGGGCAGGGGCACGGGCCCCGCCGCCAAGCCCCCCACCGCCAAGCAGGCCGCCAGGGCGGCCAAGGCGGCGGCCAAGUCGGAGCGGCGGCAGCGCCUGCAGGAGCAGAACGAGGCGUGGCAGGCGGGGCAGCGCAGCAAGGCCGGGCCCAAGCGCAAGCUGGGCAGCCGCCGCACGCAGGCGGUGGAGGCGCAGUGGGGCUCCCAGCGGGGGCAGUACAAGGAGCGUGACGACGACGAGGGCUGGAGCCUGCGCAAGCAGAAGAAGGGCAAGAAAGGCGCGGCCCCAGCCGGCGGCGGCGCCAAGAAGCAGAAGCAGAAGCGGCAGAGCCAGGGCGACGGCGGCGGCGCCGCCAAGAAGGCUCGCAAGAGCUGA